UGGACACUGUGGGCUUGUGAGAGAUGCAGGGGAAAGGCCAGCGUCCUACAUAAAGAGUCCAGGAUAGGGAGCUGGGUAACACACCAGGCAUUAUACCUUUCUGCACACAUACGACCAGGAGGAGAGUGUCGCUGAGAAAGAGAGGAAAGGGGAAAGUACAAAGAAGGAGAGGCAGUGAAUAAUUUGGAAGAGAUGAAGCGCUCAUUUGAACACGAGAUUCCUUGCUGGGUUUAUGUGAGCACUCUGCUCUUCUUUUUCCACUUCCCAGUUGAAGUCAGCGGAGCACCCCUGAAGCAGGAGGCAGCACUGGAUAGUGGUGCAACAGUGUUGAAUCACUCAAUGUAUUUGGUGCAUCACAUGGAGAACCUGCUGACCUUGGGAAACAGUAGUGAUGUUAGCCUGCGGGUACAAACCAUUAACACAGAUGAGGUGAAGGUGAUCAAAGCCCACAGUCUGGUCCUCACCCUGCAGAGCGACGUGUUUGAGGAGCUGUUGCUCAGCCGCAACAACAGCGCUCUGGUUUUGACGGAAACACCAGAGUGUGCUGCUGUCUUUGACAAGUUUGUCAGAUAUUUGUACUGUGGUGACAUCUCGUUGAGGCUUGAUCAGGCCAUAUCCCUGCAUAGGCUGGCAAGCAAGUACCAUGUGUGGGGCUUGCAGCAAGGCCUGACCCAAUACAUGACUCAACAUCUUUCCAGUGAUUCGCCCACAGGCCACAUGGUUAGCUGGUACAACUAUGCACUACAAAUUGGGGAAACAACCCUGCGGGACAGCUGUCUGCAGUACUUGUCCUGGAAUCUGUCCUCUGUUCUGCAGAGUAGAGAAUGGGGCUCUAUCAGUAAAGACCUGCUCCUAUCCUUGCUCCAGCGAUCCGACCUCAUUCUGCAGAGUGAGCUGGAGCUCUAUGAGGCUCUGGAGGCCUGGAUUAACCAGAACCAGCCAGUCAGCACAACAGUGGAGACUGCACUGAGAGCAGUUCGGUAUGGCAUGAUCCCCCCUCACCAUCUUUUCCGUCUUCAGAGGCAUUCACCCCUCAUGGUGAAGUAUUAUGAAACUAUCCGGGAUCUCCUUUAUCUUGCUUUCCAAUUUCACUCUGCCUCACCGAUUCAAAUGGCCAAGUACUUUGAUGUCAACUGCAGUAUCUUCACCCCCCGUAACUACCUGUCCUUGUCAUGGGGUUCUCCUUGGAUCAUCAACAAUCCCACCCGUGAUGACCGUAGUUUCAGCUUUCAGACCCAGCUUGGGCCCAGCGGCCAUGACUCCAGCAAGAAAGUGACUUGGAAUGCCCUAUUCUCUCCUCGCUGGCUCCCACUCAUUGCCAGGUCUACCUACACUGAGCUGGGGGCCAUGCAGCCCACUCGCACUGAGGGGGGUCGACCCCGCAUCAUCGUAACGCCGGCUACCUCUAGCCCCAACUUUGCCGGAGUAAGUUUCCAGAAAACGGUCAUUGUUAUGGCAAAACAGCAAGGAAAAGUGAUUGUCCGCCAUGUGUACAAUUUCCACCAGAGUACAGAGGAGGCUGGGGAUUUCUUGGUGGAUGCUGACCUACAGCGCCGUGCAUCAGAGUACCUCAUCGACAGCUCCCUCUAUCUCCACAUUGUGAUCAAACCUCUCUACCAUAGCUUGCUUGUUGCCAGGAAGUGAAAACAGGAAUUUUCUGUGAUCUCAUAGUCUGUUAUCUGCCCACACAAUCACAUGCACAUUUUCCAAAGUACACUCAUAUCGCAGUUUGUGUAUGUGUCAGAUCCAUAACAUUCACAUUUUAAUUUUUGUUCAUUCUUUUGUCUUCCAGUUUUAUAGCAAAGGUUAAACAUAAAGACUGACAGACAACUGUAAUUAUCAUGGUAAUGAUAGUGGGCUUUUUCUGUAUUUCACGUGUUAUAAGAGCAACACUAAAUAUAAAUUAUUGUAUUUCCUGAGGUAUUUUAUUGUGUAAUAGUUUCCCCUUGAAUUUAUGAAUCUAUGGUAUGUCAUUGUUAAAGGUAUUUGAAUAGAUCAUAUUUGGGGUUGGCUUUGAAGAAAAACCACACUAUUACAUUUAGGAAUUGUUCUUUUCUCUGCAGUCAAAUAUAAAUUUGUAGUUCAUUGCAUAUUUUGUACAUUAUUGUAUGCACCACUUAAAAUUUUAGAUGUUUUUUCAGGUUUUUGUUGUAAUUUAGUUGUCCUGACAGUUGCCCAGACAUUUAUUUCCUUUUAACAUGUAUUGCAUGUUGAUCUAUCUUUGAAAGUAAGCUCUGGUAAGGUCAAAUAAAUGUUUGAUGGAUUGACAUUAUUUUUGUUUUUCUCUGUCGAUAAAUAAACUAAACAAAUAAAAA